AUGCAAUGGACUUGGUUGAUCCUAGCACUAGCAACAGUUACUUCAGCUCUACCUCAUGAAGCCCACAAAGAUGUCUGGGGCCGGCUUCGGUCAAACAUCAAACAUGUAGUCUACUUGAUGAUGGAAAACCAUUCCUUUUCCAACAUCGCCGGAUAUUGGGACUUUCAUCCAGAUAUUGACAACCUACGCAAUAGGAAAUACUGCAACGAAUACACUAACCCCAACUGGACAGUUUGGGACGAGCCUCUUGAUAUAUGCGCCGGGCCCUAUGAGACGGAAGUGCCAUUGGAAGAUCCGGAUCACGAGUUCGCCGGGGUGACAUAUCAAAUCUACCGGAAAUGGAAUGCAACAAAUGACGAUGUCCCUAACAUCGGGGGCUUUAUCGAACGCCAGUCAGAGAAAUACCAUGCGACCCCAGGAGAGUCGGCGUUUGUCAUCAAGGCUUAUGAUGAGAAGAAAUCCUCGACUCUUGCUGAGAUUGCCCAGAAUUUCGCGUUUUGGGAUUCCUAUUUUGCGGAACACCCUGGACCUACCAACCCGAACCGUCAAUUUGCUACCUCAGGCUCGACCUGUGGAUACGUGGACAAUACAGACCAAGCCGCCGGGUUCUUCAACAACGUAACCGGCACUACUUGUGCGACUUCAAUCUUCGAAUCGCUUAGCAACAAGAAUAUCAGUUGGAAAAAUUACUAUGAAACCGAUAUUAUUGAUGGGUGGAUGUACAAGUGGGUCCAAGACAAUGCGAUAGACAAUUUGGCCCACGCCAGUGACUUCUACCGUGAUCUGGAGGAAGGCACAUUGCCAGCAUUUUCUUAUAUCAACCCUGAAUGUUGCAGCAUAGAUUCGAUGCACCCGAAGAGCAACAUGGCAGCGGGUGAGCAAAUGAUCAAGCACCUGUACGAUGCAGUUCGGAGAUCCAAAUAUUGGGAUAAUGUUUUGAUCAUCAUCAACUUCGACGAGCACGGAGGCUUUGCGGACUAUGUGCCGCCGCCCGUCAACGUUCCGCAGCCUGAAGAUGGCAUCGGGUUCGAUGGAGAAUCAGAAGGCCGCCCCGUUAAGUAUGACUUCACUCGUCUUGGAGUGCGCGUUCCUGCGUUCAUUAUCUCGCCAUAUAUCGAACCGAACACCCUCAUCCACAACGACGGCACCAUGUACGCCAACAACUCCGCGUACACCCACACAUCCAUGCUGCACUUCCUGCAGGAGCUCUGGGAACUGGAGGGCCUCAAUAAUCGCGUGCAGUGGGCCAAGACCUUCGAGCAUGUCUUCUCCAACACCAAGCGCGAGGACACGCCAGAGACUCUCCGCAAACCUGUAUGGUACGGCGAUAGUUGGGAGCCAAAGCCCGAGCCGUUCUACCUGUUGAAUCAGGACGAGAGCUACUACGCGAACCGGCCAUGGUCAUGA